UUUCCUGCAACAAACAGUUUUUUUCUUAAACAGUUGUGGACUCACCUCAGAUGUCGAGCCAUCCCAUCAUUGGGAUUCUUGGAAAGUCCAUCAUGUUGCCUUGCAGCCUGAAUUCAUCUGCACCCGUUGUCCCAGCAAGACUCACACUCUACUGGACAGCAAGACUCAAGCACCAGAAGGAGGAGCAAGUGGUCCAUGCCUUAUACAAUGGAGAAGAGAACAACGACCCCCAAUUUCCAGUCUACAAAAACAGGACGCAAAUCUUCAAGGACCAGCAUUCUUCUGGGAAUUUCUCCCUCUUGCUCAAAGAUUUAAGGGUUGAAGAUGACCUCGCAACUUUUUUCCUCUUUUAUCAUCAAGAGGAUGGAGAUUACAACACACUUAACCAAAACAAAGAGAUGUGCUUGACCACUGUGAAAGUAGCAAAAAGCUACCAUAAACCCAUUGUGACAGUGAACUAUGAAGAAUGGAAGGCAGAAUGCACUUCUCAGGGAGGCUACCCUAAACCUAGACUGACCUGGACCAAUCAGAACGGCUUACUAGACUCCGAGGUUCCUCAGAUUGUUCGGGAUGCAGGAAGUGGAACAUGGAACAUUUCCAGCACGGUGAACAUCACAGAGAAUCAGACUGUGACAUGCGCCAUCUUCAACCCGACUCUGAAAGAGACCUUGAACACCACAAGAUCAACAGGCGGGGAGCAGGAGGGCCUCUCGAUCGGCAUAAAAGCAGGGAUUGGUGUUCUGGCUGUUGCCGUGAUUGGGUCUGCACUGGUGUUAGUCUGCUGGAAAAAGCAUGCAACGGAAUGGAGGCCGAUACACAGGAGAUGAGCCCACUACGACAAUGUGUGCUUACUACAAAGUGUUAAACUGGUAAUGUUGAUAAAAUAUUGAUCUAUAGAAUGUUUUUUUAUCAUUGUUACCAUUUGGCACUUAGACCUUUAAUACAUUUUGAUCCCAGGAUGUGACUGAACACAGUGUCAUAGUGCUGUUAGGAACAAGGUCACUCAAGAAUAGGGUUCUCUAGCUACUAAAAUACCUAACCUUAAUUUUGAUUGAUUAUUUGUUAGUACAGUUGAAGUCGGACGUUUACAUACACUUAGGUUGGAGUCAUUAAGACUUG